AUGAUGUCCUUCGAAAUGAACGACCGAAAAAAAAUUGGUCUGGGACUGACGGGGUUUGGAGUGUUUUUUUCAUUCUUGGGGGUCAUUUUCUUCUUCGACAAGGGACUACUGGCUAUGGGAAAUAUCCUCUUCUUCUCAGGCGUGACAUUAACCAUUGGACUCAAGUCAUCGGCGCAAUUCUUCAUGAAACGAUCCAAUUUUAAGGGAACUGUUUCAUUUGGUGUUGGCUUCUUCUUUGUCAUCAUCGGAUGGCCUAUAAUUGGAAUGAUGCUAGAGGCAUAUGGAUUUGUCGUACUCUUCAGUGGCUUUUGGCCAACACUUGCUGUUUUUCUGCAGAGGAUACCUAUUCUUGGUCGUCUGUUGCAGCAGCCUUUUAUCAGAUCGUUCUUUGACCGUUAUCGAGGAAAAAGAGUCCCUGUAUAA